AUGGGCAGCAAGACUCCCGACGCCAUUCCAACCAUUGACAUUAGCGAUUUUAUUUCGCCCACGUCGACUGAAGCACAGAAGCAGGCCGUCGUCGACAACGUUCGCCAUGCCUGUACAACUUAUGGAUUUUUCCAGGCAGUUGGCCACGGGGUCACUGUUGACGAGCAAAAGGAGAUUCUAGAUUGCACUAGACGCUUUUUUGCUCUCCCCGAAGAGGACAGGAUGGAAGUCUGCGUCUCCAAGUCCAUGGGAAAAUCUCUUCGCGGCUAUGAGCCACCUCUGAUCCAGACUCACCACAAAGGCUUGAUGCCGGAUAUCAAGGAAACAUUCAUGGUAGGGGCCGAGAUUCCAGCUGAUCACCCCGACGCUGGUUCCUUUUCUACUGGGCCCAACCUGUGGCCCUCCAAGAUACCCGAGGAUCAAUUCCGCCAGCCAGUCAUGGAUUAUCAGGCCAAGAUGGUUAAUCUAGCCAAGGUUCUUUUGAAAAUCCUUGGCCGGGGUUUGCCCAAAGAAUGGGGUCACCCGCCAAGCGUGCUUGAGAAGCUCGCGGAAAAUCCUUCCAUCCCCAUGAGGAUGCUUCACUACGCGCCACAGGAGGUUCUCCAUGAUACACAAUUUGGAGUUGCUGACCACACCGACUUUGGCUGCAUUACUAUUCUUCUGCAGGAGGCAGUUAGCAAGGGACUCCAAGUAUGGUAUCCUCCAACUGAGACCUGGAUUCCGGUCCCGCCUACCGAGGGCGCCUACGUCAUCAACAUGAGCGACAUGAUGAUGAAGUUGACUGGCGGUUAUUACCGCAGUGCACGCCACAGGGUUGUCACCAACCAUCGAAAUCAUCGAUAUAGUGUUGCCUUCUUCCUGAAUGGCAACCUGAAGCUGGUUGCAAAGGCGUUGGAUGGCUCGGGCACCGAGGUUGUGAUUGGCGAACACAUUCGCCAAAGACUUAUUGAGACCCUCGGAAAGACGGGCGAGAUGCUCAAAUAG